AUGGUCGUCCCUGACGAGACGCUCAAGGCGUCUUCACAGGUUGUAUUGUUUAGAGCGAUCGUUAUGCAUCAGAAUGAGUUCAUCGCGGCGCCUAAAGAGGUCGUCGCCAUUCCAUCGGUUUCCAGCGAGCUGGAUCGCCGUACCGAUUGUGUGCUCACAUCUUGUCGCUGUCUGGUCGAUGAAUGUCAUGUGUCGAAUUUCGAUGUGCAUUGGAAUGUUAUCCUACUACUGUGGCCACUUAAGCUAAGGACGAGUUCGCCGUUUAAACCUAAUGGAAUUAAAUCUUUUUUCUUCACAUCUUCCCUUAAGAAAUUGGAAGAAGUCGGAGUAUCCAUUCAAGUUAUCGGAACUGGCAAGCGGAAGCUAUACAGUGGUGCCGUCAUCGAUCUUCCUGCAAUUCUAUUUGAGACACUAAGUCCAGAGACAAUGCGCGAUCUUGUUUGGAUUUUUUCGCAGCUCAUUGAUUUGGACGGGACCGUUGGUGUAACCCACAUCUACGAUUUGGAAAUCAGGAGUAGUAACGUCUUGGUGCUUCCUAUUGAAGUCUAUGAGGACGAGAUACAUUCACUAGACGAAGGGUCAGGCUGCAUCGACUACGUCUUGAUCGUUGCUAUCUAA